AUGGCGCCGCGGAAAAGGCCGGCGAGUGCGAUGAGCACGAAUGCGCGGGCCACUUCCUCGACGGUUCCUCUCGUGGUUACUGGCAAUGAUGUGGAUGAACUAGCAGAGCGGUACAAGGUCGGCUCCUGGCGCCCGAGCGUUUCCUUGAUGGAAGCAAUGAAAACUGUGGUUUCUCGCAUGAAGAUGGUGCCUUCUGCCAUCCGAACAGAGGAACUGCGUGAGGAAGAGUUCUUCCCGGAGCCACUUCACAGAGGUCCUCCUACGCAGCUCUUAGAGAAUCUUUCGCAGCUGGGCUUGGCGAACUUGAACACGGAGGACAUGCAACUCUUUCACACGGUCGUAGAAUCCUAUCUUUAUGGGGAACGUUGGAGCUACCAUGAGAUCUAUCGAGCGACUCGUCAUCUCCUGAACACGGUCGGUGGUGGUGGACAGAAGCGAAUCAUCCCGGUCGAGACCUUCGCAAGGUCGUUCUGCUUCGUAGAUGUGAGCCAGCCGAUGCUGCGCGACCCGGUGCUGGAGGAUCACCAGGUUGAGCGCCCGGAGAACGUCAGUCAGAGGAGUUGGUCUAGACGUCAGUCAAGGCAGAUUGAGAAAGCAUUGCCGAGAGUGGAUUUAUGUGAAUCGGCAGAUCAAGUUGUUGCCUUUGCAGCUACAAUUCUGAAGCCAAUGAACUUGGAGACGUUUCUGCACUUGCACAUUUCCGACCGCGACGACCAGGAUCAAUUGUGCAUUCCUUUUGCACAGUUAGAAGCUACGGUUUGGCCACAAGCAGAUCACGAGCCGCUUCCUCGACAGACGGAAGAAGAGCUCCUGCUGCUGGAAACGGAACUGCACGACCGUCACCUUGAGGCGUUGUUUCGCGACGAGUUCGACAUUGAGCUUUCCACACCAGAAAGGCGUACCACUGCAUCGAGGAAGCGGACCUUUCAAGGCACGCUUAAGAACGCAUCACAUGGCGUUAUAAACUUGGACUAG